UGAAAUAAUUCAAUAACAGAAAAAAGAGGAAAAACAAAAGCAAUCUUUGAGUUUCUUCAUUUUCCAUUUCUCUCUCUCUUUCUCUGGUCAAAUAAAAUCAUCAUUUCUCUCGUUUUCCCCUCAUCUCUCUGUUCCAUUUUUGACCUGAUUUAUUCACCAACUCAAACAAAUCGAUUUGAAUUUUAUCUUUUUUUUUUUUUUUUUUUUUUUUUUUUUUUCUUUAUAGGGUUUUUCAUUUUGUAAAAUUUGAUUUAGAUUUUGGGGGAAAGAAAAUCUCUGAAGAGAUUAUUAGGGUUUGUUGAGUCAUUUUGGGAGGAUGAAGUCUUCAUUGAAGAAGCUGAAAGGAUUUGCACUGCAUCAUCAUCAUAGACAUGAUGGCAAAGAUAAGAGAGAUCUUCUUAAUCCUUCUGCUCAGUUAGAUGAACUUGCUCAAGCUUCUCAGGACAUGCUUGACAUGAGAAAUUGCUAUGAUACCUUACUUUCUGCAGCUGCUGCCACAGCAAAUAGCGCAUAUGAGUUCUCCGAGUCUUUACGGGAAAUGGGUACUUGUCUACUUGAGAAGACUGCAUUAAAUGAUGAUGAAGAAAGUGGUAGAGCUCUCCUAAUGCUGGGAAAAGUGCAGUUUGAACUUCAGAAACUCGUUGAUAGCUAUCGGUCUCAUAUUUUCCAGACAAUUACAACACCGUCAGAGUCGCUUCUCAACGAGCUAAGAACAGUGGAGGAAAUGAAACGGCAGUGUGAUGAAAAAAGAAAUGUGUAUGAAUACAUGUUGGCUGCACAUAGGGAAAAGGGGAAGUCAAAAACUUCUAAGGGUGAAACCUUUUCAUCGCAGCAGCUGCAAAUGGCUCAUGAAGAAUAUGAUGAGGAGGCAACUUUAUUCGUCUUCCGGUUGAAAUCAUUGAAGCAAGGGCAGACCCGGAGUCUCCUUACACAGGCGGCUCGGCAUCAUGCUGCACAGGUGAAUUUCUUUAGCAAGGGACUAAAAUCUCUUGAGGCAGUAGACCCACAAGUAAGAUCGGUGACUGAACGCCAACAUAUUGAUUACCAAUUCAGUGGCCUAGAGGAUGAUGAUGGAGAGGAUGGCUACGACGAUGAUGGCCAAGGCUAUGAUGGUAAUGAUGACGGCGAGCUGAGUUUUGACUAUGGGCAAAAUGAUCAUAGGCUGGAUGUUUCCGCAUCAAGGAACUCAAUGGAGCUGGACCAAGUGGACCUGUCUCUUCUUCCUCAAGUGUCGAUAGCUGAUACUGCACAGGAGAAUAUCGACAGAAGCUAUCCUGAUCUUCAAACAUUCCAUAGGGAACCCAAAACAGGCAGUCAUUCUGCUCCAAUUUUCCCAGAGAAAAAGUAUGACACAGCUGAAAGGAUAAGGCAACUGCGACCAUCAGCAUCACGAAAAUUUCACACGUAUGUUCUUCCCACACCUCUUGAUGCUAAGAGUACAAUACCUGCGAGAUUAAGUAAUCCAGCUCCCAGCGAAAGGCGUGCAAGCAUGAGUAGUGCUCAUAAUUUAUGGUAUUCAUCACCCUUGGAACCGAGAAAGUACGAAAAAGAUUCAAGAGAUGAUAAGCUGUUGGGGUUGAGCAGCAUAAAAGCACAAUCAGUUCUCAAAGAGAGCAACAUUAACAGUGUGUCCAACAAGUUACCCCCUCCUUUGGCCGAGGGGUUUUCGCUGCCACAAUAUGAUCCACGUACCGCAGAUACUAAGAAACCAAGACGGAAUGCUUACUCUGGUCCAAUAUCUAGUAAAUCAUGGUCAACGAAACCAUCAUUAUCUUCCAGCGGCCCCAUAACAUCAAUGGAACACCCAGGGCUCGUGCCUGGGAUGCUUUCACGUGUCCCGCUACCCACAUCUUCACCACCUAAAGUAUCUCCAAGUGCUUCACCUCCACUUUUGUCAUCCCCGAAAAUAAGUGAGCUGCAUGAACUUCCUAGACCCCCAACAUUCGGCACAUCCACUAACAAAAUGCUUCCUUUAGUUGGCCAUUCAGCUCCCUUGGGCAGAAGUCAAGACAUAUCUAUGACGAACAAAACACCCUUGACACCAUCAAAUGCAGCAUCUCCAUUACCCAUGCCUCCUCAGACUGUCCCCCGCAGCUUCUCUAUACCUUCAAGUGGUCAAAGGGCAAUGGCUUUACACGUGGCCAAGCUCUUGGAGACUAAUAAAGAGAAGGCUGAAGAAGCUGCUUCGCCUCCAUUGACACCUAUUUCACUCGCAAACACAAAGCCCGUAUUGACCAAUUCUGAAGUUGUUCGGACUGCUCCCAGAGGUGGUGGAGAUUGAAUUAAUGCCUUCUACUACGGUCCAGUGAGGAGGAUAUAAAUGGUGUUGGUUCUGCAAGGGAUUCAGCAAUCUCACAAGUACGCUAGGAGGAAAAUGUGUUUCUGCUCUGCUUGUGUGGUUGUGGGCUGGUCCCUGUGUAAAUAUGAUUCUUGUGUAUUAAUUAGUUUAUUCUCAUCGUAAUCCUUUUUUCUUUUUUCGGCCGUCUAUUGGUUAAUGAUGAGAACUGAGCACCAGCAGCACCAAGCAUGAAUGGAAGGUUCAGCAUGUUUUUGUUCCAAUAGAAAAUGCAGGAAAUUUUGUAUUUGGUUGCUGAGAUAUUUCUCGUCAAUCCUCUCCGACCCUCUUGUAUUUGAUCCUAAAGUAUUCCGGUUAGUACUCGAGUUGUCGGGCCAGGUUUUUAUGAAUGUAAAACAACAGUAGCUGAAGAGACUUUAUGUUUGUGGCGUUGGAAAGCUAGAGAUUGAUGAGAUUUAGAAAAUGCCAAUAUGUGACAGCAACCUCUUGCCGACAAUCACAUAUGCAUCUCAGUAGAAAAGCUAGUGGGCGUGGACGUGUCGAUCUCUUGUUAGUUUGAGCUAAAUAUACAUCAUUUGUGGAUAGAAAUUCGAAGAGCUUUGCUUGAUUUAAACUUUCCAACCUUUCAUUCCAUUCUUCACCACCAAACGAUUUAAAGAGUUGGGUUUUUGAUGAAGUAGUUACUAUAGAGUAGCUAUAGUUUGAUAAGAUCACUAGCAGGGAUAUGGGAAAGAUUUGUUGCUCGAACUCAGAUGAUUCAGGAGACUCUAUGAUCGGUCUGAUAGUUGCUUUGGUUGUGGCGUUGCUCAUCUUCAUGGUCUGUCAACCCCAACCUAGAAGAGUAGCAGUGUACCGUUGUUAUUAUUAGUUCUCUCAUAUGUUCAGCUUCAGUUAGCUCCGAAAGAAUACACUGCCGCAAAUCAAAUGCUUUCUAGCUAUGUAUUUCCUUUACAUUCAGUUAGUAAUGAGGUGAGACUUGAAAUGCUGCUAAUCUGUAGAUUCUGUAAUGCAAUGUGCAUAUUUAUGAACUGUAAUGUUUGAUUUGAAUGUACUCCUUAUCAUCUCUCA